AUGGCUGAAAACAGGGAAAUGAUGGAGGUGAGUCCGACCCGAAAGACGAAGAUUUGGGCAACAAUAGCUGGAAUUGCAAUUGAAGUUCCAAUUUUGGGGCUAAUGGGUUUUAGUUUUCUCGCUUCAAUUAUACUUUUGGUAGUAACUUCUCCGUUGCUAGUUAUAUUUAGUCCUCUGUUAAUUGGUGCUGCUGCGGUGUUUGGAGUUGCUAUGGCGGGAUUUGGGGUGGCCGGAGUUACGGCAGGUUUAGGAUUGUCGUCGUUUGUUUUGGUGUAUAGGUCGGUAAUUAAAGGUAGAAUUACGGGCGGAGAGUAUGGCGGCGGUGCUGAUGAUGCGCCGGUUAUUGUGGAUAAAAUGAUUCAACAGGAGGAGACAGAGGAGGAGGAGCAUGACACUGAAGUGGCAGGUACUGAGGAUAGAACAGAGGCUAUAAAGCAGCAGCAGCCGCAACAGGGUAGCACUAGUUCAGAGCCAGUUCAUGUAGAUAAAAUAGUUGAGUUAUUUGAGUCUUUAAAGGAGCAUCCACAUGAUCAAAAUGAAACAGCUACUAUUGUCCACGUAGUUACUGUAGAGGUUGAUGAUGAUGAUAAUGAUGAUGAGUUGGAGGAGAAUCAACACAACAAAGAUAUGGCCACUUCUGCCGACUAUUUGCAGCAAAAUGUGCCAAGACAGAUCCCACAAGAGACUUAAUUAAGAA